AACCCAUAGACGGUUGAAGGGAAUCUACAGAAGACAGGCAGAAAGGUGGAAAUUGAGUAAGGUCAACAUGUUUCACCAUUCUCACUUUGCAUAGAAAACAGAGUUCGUUUGAAGUUCCAUCGCUCAGUCUUUGGCUCUGUGGUUGAAUCCCAAAAUCUUUUGCUCGCCUCAACGCCUUGCUAUGUCACCAGUAUUGGCGUUGCUUCUCACAAGCAUUUGUUGUUGAUCGGUGAGACUGGAGCAGGCAAAAGCACCUUGGGGAAUACCAUCCUCCGCAGAGAAGCCUUCCAAGUAGGGCAUGACUUGAAGUCUUGCACCACUAGAAGCCAGACAGAAAGUGGCAAACUCUUCGGACAUGACGUGACCAUAGAGGUCACAGACACAGGAGGUUUGGGCGAUUCAGAGGGUCGUGACGAAACCUUUGUGAAAGAUGUGGCUGAUCACGUCAGGUCGCGGGGGGGGUUCGAUGGAAUCCUUUAUGUGCACAAUGCCUGUGUGCCUCGAAUCACCAAAGGAGCACAGAAUGCGAUGUUGGAAAUGCUGCACACAUUGGCUGAUGAUGCCAACCGUGCCAACCUUUGGCAACACUUUGGCAUUGUGCUGACACAAUGUGCAGAGUAUCAUUUCCUGUACACGUCCCAAUUGCCAAGAGAGCUGCGCUGUCGAUUUGAAGAGCUGGACUUUGAUGUUCCUGUCUUUUGGUAUGUGCAGGACAAAAGUACCAAGGAUAGAGUCUUAAGUGCCAUCUCCAGCAUUCUGGGGAUGAAAGGCUUUGAGAAUCAAAUCACCUCUUGGGUGCAGACCUUGCCAGUUCGCUUCACCAUGCCGACCGAGACCAAGAGAGAGGAGCUCAAGCGGAAAUUUGAAGAGAAUCAGCAGAAAGAGUUGGAGCAGAAGCGACGCAGUCAGGAGCUUCAGGAUCGAGUUCGACAGCUUGAGCAAGAGAAGAGCUACCAAGAUCAGCAGAGCGGUUCGCAGACGCAGCGCAUUCAAGCUCUUGAAGGCAGAAUUCGACAACUCGAGCAAGAGAGGAGCUAUAGUGGUGGCAGUUCUGAGAGAUAUUCGGGAAGUAGUGGCUGUUUUGCAAAGGACUCCUUGGUGAAUGUCCAAGGAAAAGGCACUCUCCCGUUGUAUCAGGUCAAGGUGGGAGACAAGCUGGCUACUGUGGGUUCCAAUCCGUAUGUAGAGGUUGUGGCAUGGAUGCACCAUGACUUGCAGGUGAUUGGAGAGGGAGUGGAGAUUGUCUCUGAAGCUGGCACUCUCCGACUCACCUCUGAUCACUUGGUCUUUGUGGAAGCCGACGACAAGAGAGUGGCGGUUCCCGCACAGGAAAUUCUUGUGGGUGAUCGCAUCAUUGGAGCCAAUGGAACAGGCAAUGUAAGCGCAGUGGCCAGAACACAUAUGCAUGGCUACAUGUUGCCUUUGACUACAUCAGGUGAUUUGCUGGUAGAUGGAAUAUUGGCAUCCUGCUACGGUCAAGUUGGCCCGUUGUCCCACAGCACCAUCAAUGGCAUCAUGGCAUCACUUCGUUCUACUGCCUUUCCACCGUGGCUUCGCCCACAAACAGACGAAGCAUGGAGCAAGUAUGCCAUCUAUUUCAAGAAACUGCUGUGGCUUUUGCGGUUGCAGUAAAUCCGUAGAUGGUUUAGAUGGAGCAUGUUGCUUUGUUACUGCCUCUUGACGACACAGCGCAGCACUUCGCAGGAUAGUAUUUCAAGAAAGUGGCAUUUUCAGGAGGGUCCACUGAUUCCAGUACAGGCUGUAACAGACGAUCAGCGGGGUCAGUGGAUUCAGUGAUUUGGCUUUUUCACAGUCUUUGCAGCCAUUCUCCCUUUGAAACCAUGAUAGGUGUCAGUGAAGGGUGCAACGGCGGCAAAGAGCCUAUCCUGAAAGUAACAGAGUCGAGGAAUAAAGAUGUUG